AUGCUGUCUUCGUGGAUGAAAAUUACGCCUAAUGAUGUCUGUGAACAAAUUUUAAAGCUUGCAAAUGAAGGCAUAACACUCUCGCAAAUUACACCCGAGAUUCCUGAAGUCCUUUAUCACUUGAUCAAGAAAGCAGUUGUCAUUCGUAAGCACUUGGAGUGUAAUCGUAGUGACAAGGACUCUAAAUUCCG